UCAGCCCUUCUGCUACAGUAAUUCUUUCUCACCUUUUCUUCUCGCUUGUUUAUUUCCAAUUAUUUUUACAACUAGAAUUUUGUCUUCAAAAUGGCACAUAGAUUAGGAGGACGCAGAAAGAACGUGAAGAAAGGAUUUCAAUUCACGUUGAUGGUUGUCGGCGCAUCUGGUACCGGACGUACAACUUUUGUCAAUACACUCUGCGACUCAAACGUGUUAUCAAAAAAAAUUUGCGACAAUCCCGAAGAGGCGCACAAAGAGGAGGGAAUCACUAUCAAGCCUGUUUCAGUUGAAUUGGAUGAAGAUGGCGUGAGAAUCUCCUUGACAAUUGUUGAUACGCCAGGCUUUGGCGAUAAUAUCGACAAUGAAAAAUGCUUCCAAGAGAUUGUAGGGUAUUUGGAAACACAAUACGAUGAUAUUUUGGCAGAAGAAUCAAGAAUCAAGCGUAAUCCUCGCUUUCGCGAUAAUCGUGUCCAUGCUCUGUUAUACUUCAUAUCUCCAACCGGUCAUGCCCUUCGUGAGAUUGAUAUUGAAUUGAUGCGUCGUUUAAGUCCUCGCGUCAACGUUAUCCCUGUCAUUGGUCGAGCUGACUCCUUUACGCCACAAGAAUUAAAGGAUUUUAAAAGAAGAGUCAUGGAAGAUAUUGAACACUACAAUAUCUGCAUUUAUAACUUCCCUUACGACAUAGAGGAGGAUGACGAAGAUACAAUCGAAGAAAAUAGCGAAUUGAGGGCGCUUUUACCGUUCUCUAUUAUUGGAAGUGAUGAAGAGAUCAUCUUGAAUGGCCGCCCAGUUCGUGGCCGUCAAUAUCCAUGGGGUGCUAUCGAAGUUGAUAACCCUCAGCAUUCAGACUUUGCUCGUUUAAGGUCUGCUUUAUUAAGCUCUCACUUACAAGACCUCAAGGAAAUCACUCAUGAUAUUUUGUACGAGAAUUAUCGUACUGAAAAACUUAGUCGUACAGUCAAUGAUGGCGAUCAGGACGAUCUUUCUUUAAAUGCAGAUGAUAUGGCUGGUCAAAGUGUUCGCUUGAAAGAAGAGCAUUUAAGAAAGGAAGAAGAGAAACUGCGCGAAAUCGAAUUGAGAGUUCAACGAGAGAUCCAAGAGAAGAGAGCUGAACUCCUGAGCAAAGAAGAAGCAUUAAGAAAUUUGGAGGCAAGACUUUCUCAGGCACAACUAACAGAUGCCUAAUACUGUUAAAUUAUAUUUCAGUUUCUCACCUUAAUUCACAGCGUUAUAUAAGUUUAAUACUAUUUCUUCUAUCGUCAAUCCUUUCACUUUUAAUUAAAAAGAUGUCAAA